AGGGGACAAAACAUCCAAACCAUAUGAAGCUCUCACCCAAGGCUGGACUGUCCACUCAAAGUGGCACCCCAGGGUCACUGGCCACCAAUUCUUUGGGUCAGUGAUGUGGGCAUCUUGGAAUGAACGCACAGGAUUUCAUGGAGAUCAAGUCAGGAGAGCUGGAAUUUGGAAACAGUGGAUGGGGGAGGGCUAUCAUCAUCCAGUCUCUGCCGGGCACUCAUCCAGCCCUGCCUCUGACUCAGCCUGAGGACGAGGCACUGGGUCCAGGGGCUGGCCACCAACUAGGUGGGGCUGUCCAUGGAGGUUAACAACACUGCCCUUUAGAGAUUGGUGGUGACAAAGGGCAGGGACCUCAUUCCACUUUCUGAAGCUUCUGUCCAACCAGUUGUAAGGAGAAUGGAGACAACAGUGAGAGUGGAGUCUGGGGUCCUGGUCGGGGUGGCCUGUCUGCUCCUGGCAUGCCUUGCCACAGCCCGUGGGCCUGAAGUUGCUCAACCUGAAGUAGAUACCACCCUGGGCCGUGUGCGAGGCCGGCAGGUGGGCGUGAAGGGCACAGACCGCCUUGUGAAUGUCUUCCUGGGCAUUCCAUUUGCCCGGGCGCCACUAGGCCCUGACCGGUUCUCAGCCCCAUCCCCAGCACAGCCCUGGGAGGGUGUGCGGGAUGCCAGCACUGCGCCCCCAAUGUGCCUGCAAGAUGUGGAGAGAAUGAACAACAACAGAUUUAUGCUCAACGGAAAACAUCAGAUCUUCUCUGUUUCGGAGGACUGCCUGGUCCUCAACAUCUACAGCCCAGCUGAGGCCACCAUAUGGGCCAGGAGGCCGGUCAUGGUAUGGUUCCAUGGAGGCUCUCUGGCAAUUGGCGCUGCCUCCUCCUAUGAUGGAUCGGCCCUGGCUGCCUAUGGGGAUGUGGUCGUGGUUACCGUCCAGUACCGCCUCGGGGUCCUUGGCUUCUUCAGCACCGGGGAUGAGCAUGCACCUGGCAACCAGGGCUUCCUAGAUGUGGUGGCUGCUCUGCGCUGGGUGCAGGGAAACAUCACCCCCUUCGGGGGUGACCUCAACUGUGUCACCAUCUUUGGUGGAUCCGCUGGUGGAAUCAUUGCCUCUGGCCUGGUCCUGUCCCCAGUGGCUUCGGGGCUGUUCCACAGAGUCAUCACACAGAGCGGGGUCAUCACCAUGCCAGGGAUAAUGAAGUCUCACCACUGGCCCCUGGCUCAGAACAUUGCAAACUCCAUGGCCUGCAACUCCAGCUCCCCAGCUGAGAUGGUGCAGUGCCUUCGGCAGAAGGAAGGAGAAGAGCUAGUCCUUAGCAAGAAGCUGAAAAUUACUAUCUAUCCUUUGACCGUCGAUGGCACUGUCUUCCCCAAAAGCCCCAAGGAGCUCCUGAAGGAGAAGCACUUCCACUCGGUGCCCUUCCUCAUGGGUGUCAACAACCAUGAGUUCAGCUGGCUCAUUCCCAGGGGCUGGGGUCUCCUGGAUACAAUGGAACAGAUGAGCCGGGAGGACACGCUGGCUUUCUUGACACCCUUCUUGAGCAGUCUGGAUAUGCCCCCUGAGAUGCUGCCCACCAUCAUAGAUGAAUACCUAGGCAGCGACUUGGAUCCACAAGCCAAACGCCAGGCCUUCCAGGAAUUGAUGGGUGACAUGCUCUUCAAUGCGCCCACCUUCAGUUUUUCAAGACACCUUCGAGAUGCUGGGAGCCCUGUAUUUUUCUAUGAGUUCCAGCAUCGACCCAGUUCCUUUGCGAAGAUCAAGCCUGCCUGGGUGAAGGCUGAUCAUGGGGCUGAGACCGCUUUUGUGUUUGGAGGUCCCUUCCUCAUGGAUGAAAGCUCCCUCCUGGCCUUUCCAGAGGCCACAGAGGAGGAAAAGCAACUAAGCCUCACCAUGAUGGCCCAGUGGACCCACUUCGCCCGGACAGGGGACCCCAAUAGCGAGGGUUUGCCUCCUUGGCCCCGAUUCAACCAGGUGGAACAAUAUCUGGAGAUCAACCCAGUGCCACAGGUCGGACAGAAGUUUAAGGAGGCCCGCAUGCUUUUCUGGUCAGAGACGCUCCCCAGCAAGAUUCAACAAUGGCACCAGAAGCAGGGCAGAAAGGCCCAGGAGGAGCUCUGAGGCCGAACCUGAACCUUCUUGGCUGGGUGGUGGCACAGUCCCAACAGGACAGCUCACUUCUCCCCCUGCUGAGACUUUAACCUCAACCAGGUGUACAUGGGGUCCUGUUUAAGUAACUUGUCCCUGGUCAUGUACCUAAUAAGUCACAGAGCUGGAAUUUGAACCCAAGAAGUCAGACUCCAAAACUCUUUAAACUGUCACAUAUAAAGACAA